CGGGAAAGAUUGGGGCUUUUCUCUCUCCCUCUGUUCUGCGACUCGUCGAAUACCCGGCGAUCAUCGCUGCUUCUGCAGAUCCGGAGCCCGAUGGGAGCCGAUGUCGAGAAGAUGAUCGGCGUCGGGCUUGUCUGGGGCGCCACCAACGCCGUCAUGCGCCGCGGCGCUCUUAUCUGGGACCAGAAACGCUCAGCGGCGCCGCCGGAUGGCCGCCGCGGCCUUCUCGGACCCGUCCGCCAGUGGCUCGACCUCCUUCUAACCUGGCAGUACUCCGUCCCUUUCAUCAUAAAUCUCUCCGCCUCCGGCGCCUUCUUCUACAUCCUCGGCGGCGCCCCGAUCUCCGUCGCUGUGCCGGUGACCAACGCCACCACCUUCGCCGCCACCGCCGUCGUCGCCAUGCUCCUCGGCGAAGAGAUGCGGGUCGGGCAUGCACUCUUUGAGCACUCCUGCAUAUUAUUCGUGCUUUCAAAAGAGAACUCAAAAAAAGGCUGAACAAGAGAGCACCGAAAGAAUAGCGAAGCAACUGUCACUCCAGUUGCAGAAAUGAUGUGCCAAUUUCCUAUUCCUCAUGAACUAGAACCAUGCUAGGAAUGUUUAAAGAGGUAGAUAUUUUACUCUUCCUAUUGCUCCUUUUUCAACAGGCUGCUAGGUCAUGGGGCAAUUGGAAAGUUACAUUUCUUGAAUUAUUAGAGCAUCCCAUUGGCAAAAUAUGACUACUUAGUGUUAAUAUGUCACUGAUAUGCUUAUGUCAUUCUUUAUAUCAGCAUAGACUUUGAUUGGUAUGAAUUGAUGUCUGCAAGGAUCUAGUAACUUCUGAUGCAUCUUGCGUUCUAGUCUUAAUAAGAGAGAAACAAAGGGGGAAAAAAGCAGCUACUUGAGCAUGAAAUCCAGAAAAAUGGUGUUCAAUUAAGAUAUGGUAAUGACUAUCGAUCCCCUAGAUCUGUUUAAAAUUAUAAGGAGUGCUUGUGAUCUGCCAUCCCCUUAUUUUUCAAAAGGGAUCUUAUACGCCAGUUAGGCUCUGGUGGUGAGGUCUGAACUCAUGAAUUGUUGGUGGAAUCAUAAAAGCUUUCUCCAAAUCUCGGGUUGCAUUUGUGUUGGGUUGAGUCCAGGUGUAGAUUGACCUUGAUCCAACCAAAAAUUGCUUCAUGUUUAAGUUUUGCAUGCAGUUCUAAUCUACCAAUUGGCCACCUGGGUGAAAUGGGGUUCGCAUAGUGGAUAGAAUCUAGAUUGGUUCUACGUUUGUGGAGCUAAAUUUAAAUUUUGACACUACUUUUGGUGGGUUAAAUAUAUAUGAUCAGGUCUGAGUCUGUCAAAACUGGACAUAACGUAGUUGGAUAUUGGUUCUUAAUUUGGAACCUAUUUCUGACCCAUGCGUCUUCUGUUCCAGUUUGUGUCUAGUUUGGUCGGUUAGAUAUGUUUCUGAUCAGCAUGUACCUAACCUACUUUCACCAUUCUUCCCAUUCAAGCUGACUGUCCUGGGAUCCAUCUUAGCAAACUUUAUCAAAGAAAAGGCCCCAUUCUUUCAUAAAAAUAUGUAACCAUAACUACCCGGUCUUUUCCCAGUUAUUUGGAGUUAGUUUUUUUAACAUAGAUUCAGUCAUUAAAACUUCAAAGAGUUAAACUAAGCAUUUAUAAGCAAAUGCCAUCAGCUAACAACAGUGAGGGUGGUCUAAACCUCCCUUCACAUCAAAAAAUUAAAAAAAAA